AUGGCGGUGGAACGAAAAAUGAGAUGGGGAGAAUUAGAAGACGAUGCAGAGGACUUAGAUUUCCUGUUACCACCGAAACAAGUAUUUGGACCAGAUUCAAAUGGGGUAAAGAAAGUAGUGGAAUACAAGUUUAAUGAUGAAGGUAACAAGGUGAAAAUAACAACCACAACACGUAUACGUAAGCUAGCUAAUGCUAGGCUCAGUAAAGGUGCUAUUGAGAGGAGGAAUUGGCCUAAGUUUGGUGAUGCUGUACAUGAAGACGUUGGUGCUAGACUUCCUAUGGUUUCUACUGAGGAAAUUAUUCUUGAACGACCUACAGCUCCUGGUGAACUUCUGCCUCCUCCGGCAUACUUGUUCAGAACUUUGCCUGAUUAUUUUUUGUCAACUGAAGUUACUAUAAUUUCAAGUCUAAGUCAUUGA